ACAUUACGUUUAUCUAUUCUCAUCGAUGAUCAUUUGCCUGAGGACUUAAGAUACGACUUAUAAAUACGUAUGUUUUUUUUCAGAUAGUAGAUCAUUAUUUGUUAUCAAGUAAAGAAAGUUAUUAUAGGAACAAACAGAAUCAUGAUUAUGUUCAAAAUAUUGUUGUGGUCAGCAAUGUUACUAUGUACAAAAAGUAUAAGCAACGAUACAAAGAGAUGGUUAUCUAAAAACAAAAGUGUGUUUAAAAAGAUGAUUUAUACCGAAAAUCAAAUAAUGAAUUUUAAAAACAGCGAAAAUGAUUAUCCUACAGCACACAUCAAGCCAGAAGCAGUGAAAGUAUUCUGGACAAAAUAUACUCAUCCACCAUCAUGUUCAAAGCGAUUACGACGUUGGUUUGACACUAUUCGCGUAAAAAGAUCCGAAUGUUCGGCCUGUUGUUCAACUGCGUUUUCAGCAGUUGCUCCUUUGAAAGUGGAUUACAACAGUAAGGAAUAUGAAGUAUAUCACCCAACGGGUGGUUGGCAAUUUUUGUUCGUUGGAGAUUGUCCAGCAAGUGCCACUUGUAGUUCAGGAACCUGUCAGAGGGAUGACGAUUACCACACAUGGAUUCUUGUGGUUGAUGAGGACAUGACAUACGUGCCUCAACUUAGGUUCAUUCCCAUAAGCUAUCCACGAUACUGUAAAUGCGUGAACAGUGUUUAAAAGAAUUUUAAUCAUUUUUAUUUCUUUAUUCUGAAAGUUUUUUUUUUUAAUUUGUUUUCUAACGGGAUAUCAUUUCUGAUGUGUUAUACUUAAUUAAAUGAAUUGUUUGA